CGAAAUAGGAUAACAGUGUUUGGCCGGGGCUGUUCAGUUUCCCCGUGGCAUGCGCGGUGCAGGUCGUGUUUUUUCGACGUCUGAUAACCGUUAAAAUGUUCAAAUCUCAAUAGUAUUAAAUUCAAACAGUACAUUUGUAAUAAUUACUAAAUAUUAUACCCAUGGUGUACGAUUACCUGUUACCGUCAACUAUUCAAGAUGGAUAGUCGUUGACCGUUUUGAACCUACAAGACUGUGACUUUAGUUCUCGAAAACGACAUAUGGCUCCUAUGGCGGCGAUCAACUUGAUGCUUGUAUGUGUAUUCGUUCUUUUAAUCGUCAGUUCGCAGUCCAGUUACACGGGAAAAGACGAUACCGUACAGGUGGAAUGCACAAAAAAAUGCCAUCUCCAGAAGCACACAAACAGCAGCGGAGAACUUCUGUGUGACAUUCAAUGUAAAAAAAAUCAGUGUUCUAAAGGAUGUUCAUUAUGGAACAGAGCACUGAAAAGUAAUUGUACAAACGUUUGCGUUGAAUCUGAAAUAAAGUACAAUAUGACUUUGAGUGAACUUCAUUGUACAGCUGGUUGUAACGAUGCUGUAAGCCUUCAUUUCCAAAACAUUAUUACAGAUGAUAUUUUACCACCUCCGUCGUUAGUCCCUGACAGUCUUACAAAUACAUCACUAAAACUGCAAUGGAAAGGUGUUAAAAGGGAUGAUUUCUCAUACAGUGUCCAAUGGAAACUUGAAAAUAAUUCAGGUACUUGGCAGUAUUGUCAAAAACAGGAGUGGAUUAACAAUUCUGCAAUUAUUAAGUUGACUGAGCUACAACCUUAUACAAACUAUCGGUUUCGUGUAGUAUUAUUGUUAUCAUGGUCCGGCUCACUGCGGCUAGUCGUUUCUGAUCCAAGUGUGGUGAUAAGUACAUAUCCUAGUAAAGUUCCGCCAUCUACAGCUCCAAAAAUUGUGAGGGCAACACCCGCAGAUUUUAGUAUUUCCGUUACAUGGGCAGCUAUACCUUUUCCAUUAGCUCCUAUACUAUCCUAUCAUUUAACCAUCCAAGAACUUACAAAAGGGUACUUUGCAAUUAAGGAAUUCUUAACAGAGACAGAGAAUGGAAAUGAGAACUUUUAUAUGUUUCGAAAUUUGGAACCAGGCAAAAACUACUCUAUAUCGCUUGCUGCUAGAAAUCAAUAUGGAGUUGGUCCAAACACAACAACAUAUGUCAUAACGACUUCUUCAUCGAUAAUUAAAUACACACCCGAACCGGUUUAUCUAUUUCUUGUAUCAAAUCAUGAUGUAUUUUAUCAGACCAAAGAACUAAUUGAUACACCCAAAAGUUUAUAUCAUACUGAUCAAACUAUAAAUUGUGUUUCCUUAAAUACGCACACAAAGGUUAUGUACAUUGCAGACUCUUCAGGUAGAUUAUUAUCCGUGUCAAAUGAUAAAAAAGUAGAAGUUUUGUUACCACAUGGAAAUGAUAUAAUACUUGAAAUGAGUUUUGAUUGGCUCAACAACCAAAUGUUUAUUUUAAUGUCGACAUUAACAAACAACGUCACUACAUAUAAUAUAUACAAAUUUGAUAUUCAACAGAAGAAUUUAAUAAAUGUAGCUUUAGGGUUUGACAAAAGACCAAUCCAAAUGAAGGUUGAUCCAUGUAAUGGGUACUUAUUUUGGACAAUGAACAAUGGCCUUUAUCGUUUGGAUUUAAGUAAAGAAGUUAGCAAUUUAAGAAAAGAACUAAUUCAUAUGUUGAUAUUGCCGAAUAAUGAUAUUGGACCAUUUGUAAUAGACUACACAAACUUUUCCUUACUAGUUUUAUUCAGGAAAAAUAACACCAUCAUGUCUGUAUCGUUAGACGGUAAAGAAGUUCUAAAUGUUAGAAAGAAUACUGCGAGAUCUGUGUUUAGUAAAGCAACUACGCUAGUAUACGCCAAUGGUUUAUUUUACUGGUCAAAUGGUCCAAAGUUAAUGGGAGAAGAAUACCAUGAAGCGUCAUUACAAUAUUAUCAACAUGUUUACCCCAGUUUUAGUGCUGACUUCCAUUUAGUUCUAUCAAAUUUUACUGACCAACAACCAGUGCCUAUUCCUACAAACCCUCCAAGAUCUUUACAAGCAAUUGCAACCUCUACUAAAUUAAAAGCUAUGUGGCAAGCUCCAGACUUGUUAGCUGGUCAAGGAUAUAGUUCCUGGCAAGGUUGGUCUUAUUGGCUUUCUAUAUCACACGAAAAUAAAACUAGUUGGAAAACCGUUGAUGUCAAUAAAACAGAAGUUACAAUUGACCUAUUGAAACCUGGUACAAACUAUGUGCUCAAAGUUGCUGCACACUCCUCCAGUGGUCAAGGGCCUUGGUCAUCAGAGUUUGUCGUUAAAACUUUGAGUCAUAACGUAUCAGUGUUGUGGGGAAAUUCCGAAAGAAUUUUAAUAUCUGAUAUAAUGGGCAAUUAUAUCGAUUCCAUUUUCUUAGAUGAAGACAAAACCGAAAAAUAUUCUUCAUUAAAUGAUAUUGCCUGGUAUGAGGACAGAGUUUACUACGUCGUUAGUUCUAGUAAAAUAAAUUGGUUAAAUUUAACAAGUCGACAAUGGGGUACCGUCGAAGGCAUUAAUAGUGUUCAAAACAUAGCAAUCGAUUGGUUAGGACGUAAAAUUUAUUGGUCGGAUCCUUUAAAAAAGUCUAUAUCACGAGAAAAUUUAUGCGGAGGACAGAAGGAGGAGUUGCUUAUAUUGUCUAAUGAUUUUGUUAAAGAACUAAAAGUGGAAUCCGUUGGAGGUUAUUUAUAUUGGUCUACUGAGUAUACAGUUCAAUCGUCUAAACUCAAUGGAAAAGGACAUCAUUAUUAUACAGUGAAUCACUUCAAUGGCAAAAUCAUGGGUUUAGCAGUAGAUUCAGUAGAUCAUUGGGUGUACUGGAUACUUAGAGAGCAACAGACGUCAAAACUUUAUCGCGCGCCUACCGCCGAAAAGCUCAGUUACUCGGACCUACAUCCUGUAAAAGAAUUUGAAAAUUUGGAUGCCCAAGGACCUUUAUUCUAUGUAGACAGUCAUUUGAUGUGGCUUCAUAGUGGUAAUGACAUUGUGAUGAGUGAUACAGAUGGUCAAUAUCCGGCUAUCAUAAGAGCUAUGAAUUUAAACGGCUUACAGACAUUUUGUGUGCUUGAUCCAUAUGCUCAUCCAAAACCCAAAGGUUUAAAAACUAAUGUAAUACCCGAAGAAGUGGAUAUCAAAAAGAUAAAAGUGUAUCCUAAGAAAAAAUAUAAUAGUACCGUUUAUGGAAUUGAUUGGAACCCUGUGACUAAUGUUAAUCACGGAUCAGUUUUUUAUAAUGUAAUAGUUUGGGAAAAGGACGAUAACUCAAAUUUUACCAAUUUUAUUACAAAUGAUACUCAAGUACUUGUGCAUAAUAUGCCAUUACAAAUUAGUAUUGAAGCAUCUACUGUUUGGGGUUCUUCUCAAGUAGUUACUGUAUUUUUUCCUAUUCCUUCUGAACCUACCGAUAUUAGACUGUUCAUAAAUGUGAGUGACAGCUACCAAACGAGAGAUGUUGUUCUUCAGUAUUCCAGUUUGCAAAAUGUUAGUUACUAUGAAGUUUUCUGUCAAUAUUGCAAUGGAUACAGACAGGAGACGUGCCAAAACAAAACAGUUCAUGCUACUACUACCCGAACAACGUGGACCAAUCUUUCUGCCGACACAGACUAUGAAUUUAAAGUAAAGGCUUGUUCGACAGCUGGCUGUAGUGAUUGGAGCCAAACUAUAAUAUUAAAUCGGAUUCCAGUAGAUGUUAAAUAUUUCAAUAUCGCCAUGGUGUCUGGUUCCAGAAUUUUCAUUUUUCAUUCAAACAAACAAAAUAAUCAAACGGUUAUAUUAACUGACAGUAUGGUAAAAUGUUUUACGUUAAGUCCCCUAGAUGACAUUGCUUACUGGAGUGAAGGUGAUGGUAUAUAUAGUUCACCCAUUAAUAUGUCCAUCAGGAAUAAGCUUUAUACUAAAUCAACAAACUAUACUUAUAUUGAAAAUCUAUCAGUCGAUUGGUCAUCAAAUACUCUUUUUUGGUAUGAAACAUCUAAAAAUCAGUCUACAAUUAUGAGUUUAGAUUUAAAAAAUAAUAUUCCAAAAGAAGUAAUAAGAAGAUCAUAUAGAAUUCUAAAGUUUUUAGUAGUUCCAUCUGAAUGGAUGUUAAUUUGGGUUGAGGAAACAGAACGUCCAGGUGAAAAAAUAAUUAUGAAAAGCAAUAUGGAUGGUAAUGAAGUGCAGGAAUUUUUCUGUUCUACAAAAUUAUUUAACAAUAACUACUGUAAUUGUUCGAACUUGGAUCCAUUUGACGAUGUACUAACGUUGGACUUUUCCAAUAAUGGUAGUUUUAAACUUUUAUGGGUCAGUGGAGAGCAAAAAAACAUAAUUACGUCUGAUAUGAAUGGAUGUUUAUGUUCAAUCCUAAAAUCUAUUUAUUCGACACAAAGCGUUACGUCAUUAGCGGUCGACAAACAUUAUAUUUACUGGACUACAAACAACACGACUUGCCUACUAAAUAUUCAAGAAGAACGCGAUCAGCUUACUAUUGAAAAUCACAACAUCAGAAGUUUUUUAAAUAACAUAACUGCUGUGUUCACAAUUGGCGAAGUGCCUGAAUCAUUUAAACGACCCGAUGCGCCUGGACUUCCAAAAGUUGUUUGUUCACAAUCGAGUAUUUGUACAGUAGAAUGGGAUAAAUCGGAAUCGACAGUUAAGAUGUUUUACUACUUGGAUCGGAAAAUAGUAAACGAUACAAGAGAUAAAAGAAUUUUAGACCAUAAUUGGGUGCCAGUUUAUAACGGAACUAGUAACAAUUGGCGUAUGUUUGAUGUCAACCCAUCUUUAUCGUUCAUAUUUCGGGUUAGAGCCAAGAAUUACUUUGGUUGGAGUGACUACACCAUUUUGAAGAUCCCAGUUGAAUCCAAGUAUAAAAUUGAAACUACAAAUAUUCACUGGAUUGUAUUAAUAUCUGGGUUGCUGCUUUUUGUGUGUAUUUUCUCGGCAAUGAUUACGAGUUACUGUUGGGUUCCAUGUAAAACUAUAGGACCGUUGAAACCGGACGUGGAGUUGGGUAGACUCAGAGACUAUGCAAUUAACGUUGGUUAUCAAGGCGCUGUUUUAUUCCAAAAGAAAGAAAAAGGCGAAAUGCCCGUUAUUAAGCGUGAACAGAUCUCUCUUCAGAAGCGGCUGGGGUCUGGAGCUUUUGGAGAAGUGUUCGAAGGCAAAAUAAAAAACUUAAUCAACGGAGAGCCUGAAACUAGAGUGGCCGUUAAAGCGUUAAAAGAAGGGGCUACUCAAAGCGAAAUGGCCGCAUUUAUGAAAGAAGCAAAGCUAAUGAACAACUUCAAGCACAAGCAUAUAGUACAACUUAUUGGCGUAUGCUUAGACAAUGAUCCUAAUUUCAUCUUAAUGGAACUGAUGGAAGGAAGAGAUUUAUUAAGUUUUUUGAGAAGAAAUAGACCUACGAAUGUUACAAAGUCGUGUAUAAAUCUAAUAGAUUUGUUAAGUAUGUGCAUUGAUGUAGCCGAAGGAUGUUCAUAUUUAGAACAAAUGCAUUUUGUUCAUCGAGAUUUGGCGUGUAGAAACUGUUUAGUAACGUCAUCUGAUCCUAAAAAUCUCGUUGUUAAAAUCGGAGAUUUCGGCUUAGCACGUAAUAUAUAUACACACGAUUAUUAUCGAAGAGCAGGAGAGUCUUUACUGCCUGUCAAAUGGAUGUCUCCUGAAGCAGUAAUGGAUUGUGUUUUUACAAGUCAAUCAGACGUUUGGGCCUUUGGUGUUUUGUUAUGGGAGAUAAUGACCAUGGGCCAACAUCCUUAUCCAGGGUUGUCAAACUUUAAAGUCAUAUGUUACGUUCAACAAGGUGGGCGACUAGAGAAACCAGUCAACUGUCCACGAACACUGUAUAAUUUGAUGCAACGAUGUUGGAAUGUCGAUCCAAACAAACGUCCUAGGUUUGAUUUCUGCCUGAAAGUCUUGAAGUCGUGUAUGGCUAUGCCGUUGGAUUAUGUUAAUAUUUUCGAAGAUCCACAAUUACAAAAUUUGUCUGUCUCGGAGUCGUAUGAACUUGACAUCACAUAUUCAGACUCCUAUCAUAAGCCCUCUUAUCCUAUAAACAACGAGGGAUAUGAAGUGCCCGAUACCAUAACUAACAACGAAUAUCUAGAUUUGGGCGGCAUAGAGUAUCUAGAUUUAUCAAAAACAACAGCGACCACCAACCUAAGAAAUUCAGUACCCGAUUUAAGAUUGACCGAGAACGCAACUUUAUUGUACUGCAAUAUGAGCACAGAACAAUCAUGAACACGAAUCAUUAACGCUAAUUUUUUUGUAACUCGACUUGCAAGUUACACAAUUAAUUGGUUAAUGAAUAAAAUACAAAUAAAAAGUGAUAUUUAUUUAAGUAAUAUUAGUGAAUAGUUAAGAGUGGAUGUUUUACUCUUGUUUCCCAGCUUUAAACCAUAUUUAUGUUGUAAAUAUUUGUUGAACUAUUUAUUUUCUACCCAUAAGAUUUUUGUACCAUUAAUUUGUUAAUAUAUUGUUGAGUUAUUUAUUAAGAUUAUACCUAGUCUGU